AUGUGCUUCUACCGGACGAAGUUGUACAAGGCCUGUGGGCACACAGAGUUCCGCCGGUUCAUAUGCAAUCCGGCGCCCAUGAGCAAUGACAGCACCCAGUCGGAUGUUGAUAUCGAUGGCAAGGUGUACAUCAAGAGCCGCUUCGCUUGUGGCGAGCAGCCGCAACGCGAGAACGAUGUCGAGCGAGGCGUCUGCGGUCGCUGCCGUAAAUUAAGGGGCCAGGGUAAAGGGGCGCAGCGGAAGAGCGAGGUUCUUGAAAUAGAACAAUACCACCAACAGCCAGGGCUUCGAAUCUCUGUACCGGUAAGUGGAAGGGACGAUAAGUUUGGCAAUACUCUCGAUUUGUUGAUGGUGUAUGUGGAGAAGUCGGAUGCCAACAAGUCCAAGGAUGACCCCGAGCAGCUAAUGAUCCAAUCGUUCUUGCCGAGGGACGCCACGAAGGAUUGGAUCCUGUUCAAGUCGGAGAUCAAGGAGGCGAUAGAGGAAUGCCGCCAAAUACGUGAGGAGUACCAGGCCGCGCAAGGUCAGGUCAGUCGCAUGUUGAAGGCCCUCAACAUUCAAGGGGAACAUCAUCCGGUGGGCAUCAGUGACAAAGUCGAACUUCCACCCACCAGCAUCGAGAUCGAGAAGCCAGAGAAACCACAAAAUCCAAAGCAAGCAGCACCUCACCUGCUCCCUUCCCGCUCCAGCACACGCCCACUCUCGCACUCGGCGACCAAGGUCCGUCGGGAUCUCCUUGCGGCAAAGGGUCGAGUCCGGUCCAUGAUUCAGACCAUCAACGGCAACAGCGAAGCCGGCCACACAGUCACCCCCGUGGCCAACACCAUCAACCGUCACCGCGGGUCCGACCACCCAGCAAAACCACAGCCUCCCUUUGUCCGUCAAAAGAAGUCAACAAGCCAGCCUAUGCCGUCCCUGCCAUGUCCCGAACCUCCGACUCUGGCCAAGUCGGCAAAGCUGAAGGUCCUCACCCAACACAGCUUUCACAGACUACCGCCCAUUCCGGAGGAGCCCGAUUCCAAAGCCUUGAUCGUCGCGAAUUCAGCCGUAAACACGGUCGUCCUCCGCCGGGCCAAGGCGAUCGAAGUUCGAAAUCUCAACGCCUUCCACUGCCCGGUUAGGCAACUGCGCUUCGGGCUCAAGCGGGCGGUGUUGGCUCCGCCUGUUCCUAGACAUUCGACGCCGCCAGUUGCUGUACCCUGCUCGAAAUUCGCGGAUCUUGGGCGACGCAGAGUGUCGGAACUGAAGUGGCGUUUCGUCGUCUGA